UGGUUGGCCAUGGAGGAGAGAACAGCGGUACCCCAGAAGCGUUUCUACCGGCAGCGCGCUCAUUCAAACCCGCUGGCGGAUCACACUUUAUUCUAUCCUGCCAAGCCUGAGGAAAUGGACUGGUCUGCUCUCUAUCCGGAAUUUUGUGUUCCUUUAGCCAAUGAUAAUUGGCACGAUGACCCAAAGGACAUGGAGGAAAGAACUAAACCUAGAUAUCAAGUGGAAUUUGCUGAUAUUGGUUGCGGUUAUGGAGGAUUGCUUGUGGCCCUGUCCCCGCUGUUCCCAAACACGCUAAUGCUGGGUCUGGAACUUCGUGUGAAAGUCUCCGAUUAUGUUUGUGACCGAAUCCAGGCACUCAGAGCCUCCCACCCAGGGCAGUUCCAGAAUAUUUCCUGCGUUCGCAGCAAUGCUAUGAAGCACCUGCCCAACUUCUUCCGCAAGGGACAGCUCCUCAAAAUGUUCUUCCUCUUCCCUGAUCCUCAUUUCAAGAAGACAAAACACAAGUGGCGGAUUAUCAGCUCCACUUUGCUGGCAGAAUAUGCCUAUGUCUUGCGUGAAGAGGGCCUAGUAUAUACCAUCACAGAUGUGGAAGAGGUGCACACAUGGAUGGUGAAGCAUUUUCAAGAACAUCCCCUUUUCGAGGAAGUGCCAUUAAAAGAAUUGGACGCUGACCCCAUUGUAAACCUCCUAGGAACCUCGACUGAAGAAGGGAAGAAGGUUCAGAGGAAUGGAGGCAAAGUCUUCCCAGCUGUCUUCCGUCGCAUCAGGGAACAAGAAAUGGCAAGAACAUGAGUGGGCAUUUUGUAAAUCCUUGUAGGCAUUCGUAUCUGCAGCAAGAAGACUGGUGAAAGUGUAGGAUUGGGUGCUUCUGGCUGCACUGGACUUGACCUUUCCUAAAUAGGGGCGGAUAAUCCUUUCUGAUGAAACAUUUCACUGUUGCAUGAGGGUUUUCUUGGAUCACAUGUUUGCUUCUUAAUUUUCCCCUAGAAGGAAUACAUCCAGCUGGCCUUCCUGAUGACUACAUAAAGGUCAGAAGUACACAGUUAGGAUCAAGUGUUAAGGAUAGAGGCUCUUUUAAGAUAGCUUCACUUGUCACUUUAUUUUGUUUAUAA